GCUCUCAGCUCAGUUUCCAGCCGGUUAUGGGAGGCUGCGUGUGUGCUGGUCUACAAGCUACCGGGCAGCUGCGGUCCUAUUAGUACUAUUUAUAUCCGUUAACGGUAUCAGAGCGGAGCACCACAGCACCGUGAGCACCACCUCACCACAUCCGAGCCGACAUGGACUUCUCUAUCCGUGCCGCCAACGUGGAGGACUGCAAGGACAUCGCGCGGAUGAUCAUGGAACUGGCUGAAUAUGAGAAAGUGGCGGACCAGGUGAAAAUCACGCAGAGAGUCUUGGAGCAGGAUGGUUUCUCCAAGAACCCGUUCUUCCAUGGGAUCAUUGCUGAGGUGCCAGAACAGCACAAAACCAAAGACGGUCAUAUGAAGAUAGGCUAUGCACUUUACUUCUAUUCCUACAGCUCUUGGUCGGGGAAAGCCAUUUAUAUGGAGGACUUGUACGUGAUGCCAGAUUUCAGAGGGAAAGGCAUUGGCAAAGCACUGAUGAGCAAGGUAGCGCAGCUGGGCCUGGCUGCCGGCUGCAACCAGCUCAAUUUCACCGUUCUGGACUGGAACAAAUCAUCUCUGGACUUUUACCACAGCCAGGGCUGCUUCAACAUCACCACUAAAAUGGGCUACCACUGUAUGCGCUGUGAGGGAGAGGCACUGGAGCACCUGGCCCAACCCUAACCAUCCAACUGGGCUCAUGACCUCCUGACCUUUGCAACCAUGAGGUCAACCCACACAGUGCAGGGACAGAGCACCACUCAGUGGCCCCGUUCCAAUACUUGACGAUCACAAUCAUCAUAUAGAUUUCUGGAAAAAAAUUGACUGUUUGCUAAGCUCCGCCCCCCCUUAGUUACUGUUUCUACGUCAGCCAAGCUGCCAUGUUUCCAGCACAGCACACAUGCUGUGUACCGUGAUGACAGUGUCAGAUUUAACUCCUGAAGUUUCAGGUCAUUUUUCAAACAAUGGGUCUAUUAUUUCACACAGAAGGAAACAAAAGCAGGAUUUUUAUUUCUAGCCAACAACUGCCAAUUUGGGUGGUUGAAAUUACAGCAAUGGCAGAUAUUAUCAGCUGUAUUUAGUUAACAUUAGAUGUUGAGAUACUCAAAAAAUUUAAAUUUUAUCACCCCACAGCUUUUUCCGUUCUCGUCCGUGGUUGCUCUUGUGUGUUUGGCUUUUAAAAGGCUAAAAACAAAAAGAAACACCAACUUUUUUAUACACAGAGAAUCACUUUCACUAAAUAUUGGCAAACAACACUUCAGCAUGUGGAGAAAUCCAAAGCUUGACAGGCCUGCUUCGCCUGGUAACGACUGCUAAGCUGUGAUUGGACAGUCACUGUUUGGAGGAGGGGUUUAGCAAACAGUUAAUUAGCUUAUUAUUUAAAUAGUCAAUGAGGUAGUUUUAAGUAUUGGAACGGGACCUUUGCAAUACAUAUUAAAAGUACAUAACCAAGGCACUGAAAUCCAUGUUUUGUGUUUUCCCUUGUGAUAUGUCAUGGCUUUUGAUUUUGGUGUUAAAUGGAUCUGAUAAUUUACCUCUUGGCCUAAAAGGUGAAAAAAUGAUGAGACAGCAGAUGACAGGUGUAACAGGUGUGUGUGUGUGGGGGGGGGGGGGGGGUGUCAUAGUCGUAGGAUUUUUAGAGAAAGUCUUCAUCACUUGGAAGUGAAAUAAGUUUUUGCACAAAGAUCCAGAAAAAUCUUAUGCAUCGUAAAAACAUUGGUGUGUGUUUCAAAAAAAGCAACUUUUGGGUGUCCUAUCCCUUUAAAUUCAUGAUUAACUAUGACAACAGCAACCAAAGAGUCAGUCACUUCUCCCCUCGUCUUCCAGAUGAGGAGCACUGUAAAGCUGUUGUGAAGCACAAUGUUGGUAUUUGCACUGUUUUCUUCCUUUUUAAGCUAUGUACAUACAGAGGGUUCUGGUCAUGAAAUUGUGCACUUAAGGAAUCAGUUGGACUCAACCUAAAACCUUCUUCUGUGCUGCCAAACAGCAAACUCUUGGGGCUGGUUUCAGAGAAAUGGAUGAAGCUUAGAAUCGAACAAAAACGAUCCAUCUGGUGGAAUUUGAAAAAUAAAAGAAAAUCUUGGA